AUGACAGACAGAGCACAAUCUCAUGAUAAAGAUUCCGGUAAUAAUGCUGCUACUAAGAGUGCUGCUAAAUCCACUGCAACCAUACACACCUCCAUAAAUUCUUUAUUAACGACGACGACAACGGAUGACAGCGAUAUCUCAGAUCAAGAGUAUGACAAUAAAUCAAUCACUACCCCGCUUCUCGUACAAGAACAAGGAAUAGAAGUCAACAUCGACAACGGAACAAAAAAUUUUUCCCAGGCAACACUCGGCCUUUUAAAUCACCCAUACCAGGAAACGAAAGCGUGGUUCCGGCGCAGAUUUAUUUUCGAUGAUCAGUUCUUGACUGAUUAUGCGUUGGCAUUUGUGAUGUGGUUCACGCUGCCUUUUUUGGUGGUGUUAGUGUGCACGUGGGAUCUUAUUCGCUAUAAUCAAUGGACUAAUUAUCGUAGUAUUUUUAGUGGUCCUGACAUUAUUGUUCCUGUUUGCCAUUCUAGCAAGCUUUAUUACCACAUGCCUUAUUACCUUGAUACGCAAGUUAUAUAUAAUAUUGACGAUGAGGAAAAUGACGACGAUGAGGACUCGACUAAUAAUAAUGUUGAUUCGGAACAGCAGCAGGUAACUACAAAUACUAAUACAAAUAGUGCAAAUAAUGAAAAUACGGACAACAGCAUUAUGAUUAUUGAUGGUGCGGAAAGUUAG